AUGACUCGAGCAGCUCACGCGGUUUUCACCUCCUGCGAGCGAAACGAUUUGGCGCUCCCAGACGGUGCACUGGGAAAUUUUCUGGGCAACAGCAUCAGUCACGUGGGCAGGACCGAACGCAUCAACAACUCUGACGACAGCGAGCAUAAUUUUCGCGCAAUUAUCAAGCCCGCAUGUGACAAGGACAACGAAAUCGCAGCAAUAAAUGAAUUGAACACGAAAUGUCAAGCCAUCACCACACCAAUUAAGAUCCCAAACGGUGGCUACAGAAACUGA